CACUCAGUUUACCUCUGCAGCUCAACGAAAUAAUAACAACGCGACAGAAGUGAACUGCCACUGUUGCUAACAAUGUAUGCUGAAAUCAUUUUGGCGAUUUUUACAAGCUUUUGUCUGUUGUUCUCGGCAGAAGUAAGCGAAUAUAUAAUAAAAUCAGAGCGACUACCGCCUGACCUCAACUUUAUGCCCACGCUGGGCAAUGGACACAUGGGCUAUACUGUGUUUGGCGAUGCCAUCUUCAUGAAUGGUGUCUACAACGGCGAGGGAGGCAAUAGUCGCCGUGCGCGUAUCCCCAAUUGGCUUAACUUAAGCGUAGCCACGAUUAAGUACGAAGAAUGGGAGCUCGCCAUCAUACCGGAUAUGUUCGAACUGCAACUGCAAGACGGUUAUUUCCGCUGGCAGUUUGCCUAUGAGGCGAAUGAAUUGAAGCUGAAAUUAGAAGAACGCACAUACCCGCACCGCUACUACAAUCGCGCAUUGAUCUAUGAACUUUUCGUGCACUGCACUGGGGCUAUAGAUCCACUGCUAAUCAAGUUGACCCGCAAGCCCGGUGGUGAAAGCGAAGCUUUUGACUUCUCACCAUUAGACAGCACCAACGGUACAGUGAGAUACAAGAUGCUGCAAGGUGUAACCCGCCGAUUAGAACACCGAAAGUUUCAAACCGAGCCACGUAAGAUUUUCGUGGCAUUCAGCGAUGACUGGGAGAAUGAGCAUACCAUCGAACUAAGUGCUGGCCAAGAAGAGCUUUAUUACCGUUAUGUGAUUACGGCAGACGAAAGAGAGGAGAUUGCACGACAGGAAAUGGCUGAAGUAAUAAAACUUACUCCGGAGAUACUUUUUCAAAGGCAUGCCUUAGAGUGGAGAGCAUUUUGGAGUGAUUUUAAUAUACAGAUUGACGGCAAUUUGGAAUUGUCGCAUAUAGUUAACGCCGGCAUAUUCUAUUUGGCCAAUUCCCUGCCCUCCUUAAACACAAGCCACCCGAAUGGCGCAUACUUUGGACUCAGCCCAACCGGCAUAGGACGGGGUCAGCUCGACGCCGACUAUGAAGGACACAAUUUUUGGGAUACAGAAAUCUGGAUGCUUCCAGCUAUCACACAGUUCAGUACGCGCUGGGCAGAGGCGCUGCUGCAGUACCGAUUUGAACAUCUGCCCGGCGCACGAUAUAACGCAAAGCAAACUGGCUACCAAGGGGCACGGUAUCCCUGGGAGAGCGCCUACACUGGUACAGAAGUGACGAACCCUUGUUGUCCCGAGAUUGCCGCCCAGGAAAUCCACAUCUCACCCGAUAUCGUAUUGGCACUGCAGCACCACUAUGCAGUAACACAUUCCAAGGAGUGGUUAUGCCGCGUUGCCUGGCCAAUUGCGAAGGAAGUGGCCGAGUUCCUGGUUAGUCGUGUCAAAGAUGACGGCCGAAAGUUUCAUUUAGAUGGUGUCAUGGGUCCAGAUGAAGACCACUCCAAUGUCACCGACAAUGUCUACACAAAUGUAGUUGUUAAACAGUCUCUAGAGUUCACAAGUUUUGCGUGUUCCAUGUGUGCUUUAGCCGACGGUCGGCCCGAUGUUUGGUUAGAUAUCGCACGGCGCAUGCAAAUCUUAUACGACGAAAAACUGGAUUACCACCCGCAGCACUUGGGCUACAAGCGCGGUGAGAUUGUGAAGCAGGCAGAUGUCGUUCUACUGGGCUAUCCCAUACAGUAUGCCAUGUCCAAUGUUACACGACGCAACGACCUGCUCAACUAUGAGGCGGUGAUCCGUGAGUCCGGACCGGCCAUGUCAUGGUCGAUGUUUGCCAUUAACUUUUUGGAUGUCAAAGAUAUAGAAAAAGCUAGCUUAUAUUUCCAAAGGGGCUACAAGGAUUAUAUACGGCCGGAGUUUAAGGUCUGGAGCGAGAACAAAAAUGGCUUUCAGGGUUCAGCGAACUUUCUCACGGGCAUUGGUGGUUUUCUGCAAACAAUUAUCAAUGGCUACGGUGGCGUACGUGUGCAGUUGGAUGGAAAUCAGUCCGUAAUGAUAAUUCAAAAAACUUACCUCCUGCCCACGAGCAAAGGCUUCACGAUCAAUGGCAUUAAGUUUGCGCAAUCAAGAUUUUCGUUGAAAAUUCGUACAAAUGGAACAACAACAUUAAGCUGUGUGGAAAAGGGCGACUUGAAUAUUGAGCUAUUAGUCGACUCCCAGAAGUAUGCAGUACAUGAGCAUUUCUCAAUCGCCCUUACCGGAAGUACAGCUUCACUUCGCACGAUUUAAACAGCAAAUGCUUUUCCGUAUUGUGUCUGGUUUCAUGCAUCUCAGAUUUAUUGUAGACAUUUAGAAAAAAUAGGUUAUUCUACAAUACUAGUUUAUCUUGAACGACUAUUUAAUAAAUGUUGUGAGCUGUGGGUCCUCUGCGCUUGGUGACCACUUUAUAAUUGUCCGUUUGGGCUAUUGCAA